AUGACUACCUAUGAGGCCGUGCCCAAUACGGAUGGCCAAAUUCUUAUACCCAUCAGGAAGAAGCAACCAGUUCUGCCUCAACCUAAUAUUCCUCGCACUGUACCUCCCUCACAACGACUAUCAGGCAGGAAGAUACCUACCCGGAAAUUUGGAGCUCAACCACGGCCACAAUCAUCGCCGUUUUAUAAACCUGUUUACAGAUCCAGGAUUCGGACACCGGAAGCUUUGCGACCAGGACCAAGCCAAAGCUCAGGAUUUAAGUCAAGCAAAACUCUAGAAGAUGGAAAAUCAGCCAAUAUAAGAGUUAGAGCUAUUGAUUCUUCCACUCAAUACUUGCAAGCUUCGAAUACCGGUACCUUGGGCUCCCAUGCCUCGAAUCAGAGGAUCAUAGCUAAUGAUUCAAAGCUUGUGAGACCGAAGGAAACCCCGUCGAUAAAAGCAAAGGACAAUGAACAUGCCAAUAUAAUGAGUCUUUCCUAUAUCAUGGAGCAGCGACCCAGUGCGCAGAAGUUCUCGUCUGCUUUCGACGAAACGGAGGAGGGAGUUAUCGACUUGACUGCGUCUUACCAGAGCGAAGAAGAAUUCGAACCUGAAGACCAAGGUCAGGAAGAAAUGCCACUCUCGAUCAGGAAUAAUUCAUACAACCGCGACAUCCCUAAUUUCUUGAAGUCUCGUCAUCAUAUCCGUAAUCAAAUCAACGUUCCCUCCCUGCAAGAUUCCUUGCUCAAUACACCCGUGAAACUUGAGGACAUUGAACAAGCUGUCAGAAGUUUUGAUUUCGGCGGUGACACAGGAACAUCAGGUACAAUAGAAUUCAGGGCGGGACGCAAAUUACCACCAAUCAAAGAAAGAGGCGCACGGUAUUCUCAGUGUCAUCCGAACUACAUGGCUUCAUUACCAUCGACUUUGGCUCGGUCCAUUCCAAGGAACACAGCAUUACCUGAUCUCAGUACCUUGAAACAUACGGCUAUAACUACGCUUGCCAGUCUCAAUCGUUUUUUCGACGAGAAGAAGUUGUAUCCUAGUGCCACUACUUCAGCCCUAAAACCAGAUUCACCAGCGCCAACCGAUGAGAGUGCUCGAAGUUACAGUCCCAGUCUGAAACGUUCAUCGUCUCAUAUCUCCACCCAUAUCCCAGAAGAAAUUCACCAGUCUACGUCACCUGCGUCACUAGCAAUGGCUGAGCUCGAUCCAUCGAAAAAGAGAAUACGCAUAAACUCCAUUCUGAAUCCGACAUCUUCUCCUACGGCCUCUAUUUCGCUAACUCCUCAAAUUCAAUCUACUGGCCCUCUCCCUGGCGACACUUUUUCUACUCACGAUUUACGUAAGCUCGCUAGCGAUUUCGAGAAUGAUACCAUAAUGCCAUCUCCGCCUUCUGACGCCUAUCCAUCUCCUCCUAAAUCGGCAUCAUUGUCGUCAUCGAUUCCCCUCACGACUAGUCCACGCCCUCUCGCUCCCCAAGAUACAAGUCCAAGCAUCUCGCUGCCCAAGCGAUUCACAGAUUCACAACCUCACCUCGAUUCAUCCAGCGAUCGUGCCUACAGAUCUCCUGCACCCUCACCACCAUCGCUACCACAAUCUAGAGAACAUGGUUCCGCUCUAUUUGAGACACGCCCAAGGUCUGCAAAUCCAACGAUUGCCGAUACUAGAAAAUCAAACCCAACUCCACAAUCUCAACUCCUUUUCUUUGGUCAUCAAGCUUAUUCACCUCUACCUACACAAUCCGCAUCAACCACUCGCUCAUCCUCACCCUCAUCCACCAACUCCAAUUCCAAAUCCCUCCCACGCAAAAACUUCGCUUACAGGGCAUGGAAAAUGCGUCCUUCUCGCUCUAUAAUUACUGAUGUCUCUUCUUCAAACGCUCCGCAGUACUUGGUCGUGAUCCGCAAUGACGACCGUUCAAAGUCCAUUCCAAGUUCGGGUGCCUCGGAUGAAAAUGAUAAUACAGGUAAAUGGUGGAGUGUACUUGCGGGAAAAGAGGGGCUGGACGAGAUUAGAAAGAUUUUCGAAUAG